AAUCCAUCCACAUAUAAUAAUUACAAGCACAAAAGAUCGUCUCUUCUUCUUUCCCGGAAAAUCCUCAUUUUGACUUCCUCUCAGUUUUUUGCUCUCUACAAACCAACAACCCUUAACCCUAAUCGCCAUUUCCUCCGAUUUCUCAAUUCUCCGGCGAAAUGUCUCACCUUGACGAUCUUCCUUCCACUCCCGGAAAGUACAAGACCGAUAAAGUUCCGCCGUACGGGAUUCUCCACCACCACCGUUACCUCCGCCUCUCGAAACUCACGCUUUGGGCUUCGCUCUUCCUCGCUCUUUUCCUCUUCUACCUCGUCUUAUCUCCUCCGCCGUCUCCUUCUCGCCGGAAUCUCUACGAUUCAUCCGUUUCCGCCGCUAAAUACGGCGGUUCUCACUGGGAGAAACAAGUCCGGAAAUCCGCUCGUCCUAGGUCCCGCGGCGGUUUAACGGUUCUAGUCACCGGAGCCGCCGGAUUCGUCGGUACCCACGUCUCGAUCGCGCUGCGGAGACGCGGCGAUGGGGUUCUAGGUCUCGACAAUUUCAAUCGAUACUACGAUCCAAAGCUGAAACGAGCAAGGCAAGGGCUUUUGGAGAGAUCAGGAGUCUUCGUCGUCGAAGGCGAUAUAAACGACGCCGUUUUGCUCAGGAAGCUCUUCGACGUCGUCCUCUUCACACACGUGAUGCAUCUCGCUGCUCAGGCCGGUGUUCGCUACGCGAUGCAAAACCCAGGAUCGUAUGUGAACAGCAACAUCGCUGGGUUCGUGAAUCUACUAGAAGUCUCGAAAUCGGCGAAUCCUCAGCCUGCGAUUGUCUGGGCUUCUUCUAGCUCCGUUUACGGUCUCAAUUCGAAAGUACCCUUCUCGGAGAAAGACCGUACGGAUCAGCCGGCGAGCUUAUACGCAGCGACGAAGAAAGCAGGUGAAGGAAUCGCACAUACUUAUAACCAUAUCUACGGUUUAUCUCUUACGGGUCUGAGAUUCUUCACUGUUUAUGGACCUUGGGGAAGACCAGACAUGGCGUAUUUCUUCUUCACUAAAGAUAUUCUCAAAGGGAAGACGAUUACAGUGUUUGAGUCUCCUGAUAAAGGUAGUGUUGCUAGGGAUUUCACUUACAUUGAUGAUAUCGUGAAAGGCUGUUUAGGUGCGUUAGAUACUGCUGAGAAGAGUACUGGUAGUGGUGGGAAGAAGAAAGGUCCUGCAAUGUUUAGGAUUUACAAUUUGGGGAAUACUUCUCCUGUUCCUGUGACUAAGCUUGUGACGAUAUUGGAGAAGCUUUUGAAGAUGAAAGCUAAGAAAAAGAUCAUGCCUUUACCGAGGAAUGGGGAUGUCGAGUUCACUCAUGCGAAUAUCACGUUGGCGCAAGCAGAGAUCGGUUAUAAACCCUCGGUUGAUCUUGAGACGGGUCUUAAAAAGUUUGUGAAAUGGUACAUGGGGUUUUACACAGGCUCGAAGAAGAAGAGUUCUUGGUGAGAGUGAGAGCUCUCUCUCUCUGCUUUAGUCCCUCUUGAGUUCGGAGUUUGGCAGCUUAAAGGUUAAACGCCGAGGAAAAAUGGCUCCACUGUUAAUGGACAAACACAUGGUUAUCUCAAUUACAUAUCUGCAUUAUUUUUCUGUGUUGCUAGAUUUUUGCUUCAUUUAUUUGUUAGUAGAUUUUGGGCAAUGUACAGCGUCAUGAGUUUAGGUGUUUGUUUCUACUGUGGAAACUCAGAUUGUCUUUUUCGUUCUUGUCGGAAGAAUAAAAUUAGCUUGGAAUUUGAUGCAUAUACUCUGUAGUAGUAAUUCAAUCUAUUUUGUUACCUUAUAUCUUGUGAAUCCAAACCUAUCUUUAUAAUACUCGCUU